UUAGUGGUAAAUACAAAUGAUAAUAUGAAUAAAAUUAUGCUGUUUAUAAAGUAGUUUCUUCUCUUUGUUAAUAUGACUUCACUUUUACAAAAAAGAGAUGGAUCAGCACCAUAUACAUUUUUUAGUCGUCCUCGUCCUGUUCAACAAAAAACUAGCAAAUAUCGUGAUGAUCAUGAACCGGAUGUACAAAUCUUGUAUGGUAACAUAAUGUAUGAUAGACGUAUUAUUAGAGGAAAUACUUAUGCGCAAAAUACAUUGUCAAUGAAUGUUCAACCAGAUCCUGUUGAAGCUCAAAAGCAACAAGAAAUAAGACGACUUGCUCUAGCUAGGAAGAGAGCGAAACAGAUAUUAAAAUCACAAACUCCUGAACCUGUGGAAGGUCGGAAACAUAUCGAUGUACAAACAGAAUUAUAUUUAGAAGAAUUAACUGACAGAGUUGAAGAAGCUGAUAUUUUUACACAAACUGAUACAUUUUUAGAUAGACCAUCAACUCCUCUUUUUAUUCCUGCAAAAUCUGGAGUAGAUGUAUCCACACAAAUUCUCGAUGGAGAACUGUUUGAUUUUAACAUUGAAGUCAAACCUAUCCUUGAGGUGUUAAUUGGUAAGACGGUUGAACAGUCUUUGAUGGAAGUUAUGGAAGAAGAAGAACUUGAUAAUCUAAGAGCACAACAACGCAGAUUUGAAGAGCUUAGAUUUGCAGAGUUAAUUGAAACACAGCGAUUAGAAGAGCAAGAAAAAAGACACAGAGAAGAAAAAGAAAGAAGAAUUAGACAACAGCUUGAAGUGAUGAAAAAGGAAAAGGAAACAAUAGAGAAAAUUGCAGCACAUACAUUUGCUCAGAGUUAUUUACAAGAUCUCAUUCCAUCUGUAUUUACAAAUUUACAUGAACACGGAUUUUUUUAUGAUCCUGUUGAACAAGAUGUUGAGGCAUUCUUCAUGGCAUUCUUGAUGGAAAAUGUGGUUUAUGAAUUAAAUAAGUCUCUUUUAGCAAGAGCUGUUCUUGAUAGUAUUAUAAAAGAAACAGUAAUAAAGCGUUCAGUAACUUACAUGAAUCUUGAUGCUGAGGUUGAAAAACGUAUACAUGCUACUAAUAUUCCAUUGAAUUCAUCUCUAAAUGGAACACUAUCUGUAUCUGCUGAUGGAACUAAUGGUCCAGAAUACAGUAAAGAAGUGGGAAAAGAGCCUAAUCCAACUGUUACAUUUAAUGAAGAGGGACUUAAGGACACAGAAAAAGUUGAUGAAAUGUAUUAAGAAAGAAUUAAUAUAAUAAUUUUAUUAUCAAAA